UUAUUAUAUAUUAUAAUUAAUAGUUGCCUAGUUGAAGAGAGAGAAAAAAAAAUUAGCAUGACAUGACAAUAAAAAAAAAGCUAGCUUUGAAGAUGUAAAAGCAAGCAAGUUAUACCCGGCCAAAAGGAAAAAGAAAAGGAGAGAAUGUCAUAUUUGUCGCUCAGCUCGCAACGAAAUCUUGGUUACGUUGAUGUAAGCUAAAGCUCUCAAGUAGUAAUAUAAAUAUUAUCAUUGCAUAGAUAGGUCAUAGGGAGAGGCCUGCAGGGAGGCAGCUGCUUUGCUUUGUAUUGUAUGUAUGUAUGUCCAUUAAUGUUCAAGUAAGGCCGGCUAACAACUCAGAUCAGCUGAGCAUUCAAAACUAAGGGAGAAAGAGAGAGAGAGAGAGAGAGAGAGAAUUGAAGAAUGGAAAACUCAGACAAGGUGGUGGAGACGAUGAUAGUAGGGAACUAUGUGGAGAUGGAGAGAGAAGGGAAAGCUAAGGACAUGAAGACUAAGAUUUCUAACCUCUUCUGGCAUGGCGGCUCGGUGUAUGAUGCUUGGUUUAGCUGUGCUUCUAAUCAGGUGGCUCAAGUCCUGCUGACGUUACCAUACUCGUUUUCUCAGCUGGGGAUGGUGUCGGGCAUAUCAUUUCAGCUGUUCUAUGGGUUGAUGGGCAGCUGGACUGCCUACCUCAUUAGCUCUCUCUAUGUUGAGUACAGAACUAGAAAAGAGCGAGAAAAAGUCGAUUUCCGCAAUCACGUCAUUCAGUGGUUUGAAGUUCUUGAUGGGUUGCUUGGAAAGCACUGGAGAAACGUGGGUUUGGCAUUUAACUGCACUUUUCUUCUGUUUGGAUCUGUAAUUCAGCUCAUCGCUUGUGCCAGCAAUAUCUAUUACAUAAAUGAUAAUCUGGACAAGAGGACUUGGACGUACAUCUUUGGAGCAUGCUGUGCUACCACCGUCUUCAUCCCCUCCUUCCACAACUACCGCAUUUGGUCUUUUCUUGGCUUGUUGAUGACUACUUACACUGCUUGGUAUCUAACCCUGGCUUCCCUCCUCCAUGGCCCGGUUGAGGGGGUUAAGCACUCUGGACCAACCAAACUUGUGCUAUACUUCACAGGAGCCACAAACAUUCUAUACACAUUCGGGGGACAUGCUGUCACUGUAGAGAUAAUGCACGCAAUGUGGAAGCCACAGAAGUUCAAAGCAAUUUAUCUGUUGGCGACAAUGUAUGUGUUGACACUGACGUUACCUUCGGCAGCAGCAGUGUAUUGGGCAUUCGGAGAUUUGCUUCUUGACCAUUCCAAUGCCUUUUCUCUCCUCCCAAGAACACCCUUCCGUGACAUGGCUGUCAUCCUCAUGCUCAUUCAUCAGUUUAUAACGUUCGGAUUUGCAUGCACGCCAUUAUACUUUGUGUGGGAGAAGGCAAUAGGCAUGCACGAAUGCAAGAGUCUGUGCAAGAGGGCAGCAUCAAGAUUGCCUGUGGUCAUACCCAUAUGGUUUCUCGCCAUCGUCUUCCCAUUCUUUGGCCCUAUCAAUUCCACUGUUGGAUCGCUUCUCGUUAGCUUCACCGUCUACAUUAUCCCUGCUCUUGCUCAUAUGUUCACCUUCAAAUCAUCCGCCGCCCGAGAGAAUGCUGUGGAACAACCUCCCAAGUUUCUGGGAAGAUGGGCGGGAACAUUUACCAUAAACAUAUUUAUAGUAGUGUGGGUGUUGAUUGUUGGUUUUGGGUUUGGUGGGUGGGCAAGCAUGCUAAACUUCAUCCACCAAAUUGACACAUUCGGACUCUUCACCAAGUGCUAUCAAUGCCCUCAUCCUCACCAAACCCUGCAGCCCGCACCGCCACCCCAGAUCCUUAACGCCACCGCGCCUGCCCCAUCUCUUCUGCACCUCAACAAUCUCACCCACCACCUUUAAUUUCACUUCAACUCUCAUCUCCCAUCCAUAUCUCCAUUACGUGCCCAACAACGUUACAAUGCAUGCAUGCGUAAUUGCCUUCUCCUCACUCCCAAUUAACUCCAAUCAUCCCAUCCCAAAAUGCUAACGACUACGCCAGGCCAGCUUUCAUUUGCUUAUUGUUUUGAUCAAAUUAAAUGAGCUGAGAGAGACAUAUGCAUUAUAUGCAUGAAUUAGGUGGGCGGCUAGGUAGGAGCUCGCGGAGCAGCAGCUUCAUUUGCUUAGUUGGUUAGUUAUUGUAUCUACUUGAAAUGGAUUUGCUUAGUUCGUUGUACCUAGCUACUUGAAAUGGAGUAUGUAGGCCGGCCGGCUUUAUAUGGAUCAAAGAAGUUUAUGUUUAAUGUUUA